UCCAAAGUGCUGACGAAUGAUGACUUCACCAAAGAUCUCUUCAGGUUUUUACAACUGCUCUGUGAGGGGCACAACGGGGGUGAGAACCUUCAUUAAUUGGUGUAAAACAAAGUAUUAGUAUAUUAUUUUUUGAUAUAACUUGCUGCUUUACUCAAACCAUGUUAUCCCAAUUUCAAAAUGUGUUCAUCACCACAGAUUUCCAAAACUUCCUGAGAACACAAACAGGAAACACGUUGACAGUCAAUAUUAUCAUCAGCACAGUGGACUACCUGCUACGCCUUCAGGUGAAACACACACACACACACACACCCACAUUCAGGUUCCCCGGGCGCCGAUGACGUGGAUGUGGAUUAAGGCAGCCCCCCGCACCUCUCUGAUUCAGAGGGGUUGGGUUAAAUGCGGAAGACACAUUUCAGUUGAAUGCAUUCAGUUGUACAACUGACUAGGUAUCCCCCUUUCCCUAUUUAUAAACCGAAAUUCUGAUAUUUUGUCCCUGUAACCCCCCCCCCCCCCCCCCCCCCUUCUCCACACACCACACACACACACACACACACACACACACACUACCACUCACUAUAAGGAGAAUGUGACGUGGUUUCACCACCACACUGACAAAAGUAAUCCUUCUCUGUAGGAAUCUAUCAGUGACUUCUAUUGGUAUUACUCUGGGAAAGACAUUAUCGACGAGGCAGGGCAGGUCAACUUCUCCAAAGCCUUAGCUGUCGCAAAGCAGAUCUUCAACUCACUCACUGAGUACAUCCAGGUAAGUAAGGCCUGACUCUUUCUGACUUUACAGUGUUUCACAUUUAGACUAUAGUCUCUCUUUCCCAAGAGUCAUAUUUGUAUUUUAUUUUAUGACACUAACAUGUUUUUUUGUUUGUGAUCUUUAUUAUCAUUCACUUUAUUUUGGUCCUUCUAUCCAUCUCUCUCCCCCUUCCUCUCUUCUUCCUUCCUCCCCCUCCAUCUCUCCCCCUCCCUCUCUCCCACCUCCCUCUCUCCCCCCUCCAUCUCCCCCCUCUCUCUCCCUCUCUCCCCCCCUCUCUCCCUCUAUCCCACCUCCCUCUCUCCCUCUCCUCCCCACCUCUCUCUUUCCCCCCCUCCAUCUCUCCCUCUCUCCCUCUUUCCCCCCUCCAUCUCUCCCACCUCCUCUGUUCCCCCUCCCUCUCUUCCCCCCCUCCCUCUCUCCCCCCCUCCCUCUCUCCCCCCCAGGGCCCAUGUAUUGGGAACCAGCAGAGUCUGGCCCACAGCAGACUGUGGGAUGCAGUGGUGGGAUUCCUGCAUGUGUUUGCCAACAUGCAGAUGAAGCUGUCCCAGGUAAACAGGUGUCCUCACUGCUGCACCAACCAGGGAGCAAAAUAAAACAGUAAACUACUGGCCCAGUCCAGCGUCCUGCGAGCUACCCUGCUAUCCUGGAGUUGCAGUCAGUGGCCCUCUGCUUCCUGUCAGUCAACGCUCACUGUCGUCGCCAACGUCUCUCCAAUAUAAAACUGAUCAUAUAAAAAUCACUCACAUUUCAAUAGAUCAACGUCCUGUCCAGGGGGUGUACUUGUGUGUACUGCCGACACUACAGACACAGGAGAUAGGUUCCUGCCCUGGGGGCCGUUGUCGCUCAAGGCUUACUUACUACUACACAGCCUCAAAGAGUAGAGGAUUCACCCACACAGUACCACACCAAACAUCCUCAACAUCAAUAAGCAGGUCAUUAGAUGCUGUAAAUGACAACGUUCUCAGUCAACGUGGCAUCGUCAUAGGAUGCCACCUUUCCAACAAGUCAGUUUGUAAAUUUCUGCCCCGGUCAACUGUAAGUGCUGUUAUUGUGAAGUGGAAAUGUCUAGGAACAACAACAGCUUAGCCGCGAAGUGGUAGGCCACACAAGCUCACACAACAGGACUGCCGAGUGCUGAAGCGCCUAGUGCUGCUAGUCUUUGUUUUGGUUUUUGGUUAUGUGUUUUUAAUGCAUGCAACCUGCGCUAUUGAGAUUGUAAAAUCAUGAAAAUGCUUCAUAAAUACAUGUUAUAAUUAAUAAAUACUAAUAAAUUAAUAAUAAUAAUACUAAUAAAUUAAUAAUAAUAUUAAUGCAAUUCUUCCAAUGAUUGGGGCCUCCUAGGACUCGUGUCAGAUUGAGCUGCUGAAGGAGUUGAUGGAUCUUCAGCAGGACAUGGUGGUGAUGAUGCUGUCACUGCUGGAGGGUAAGAACCUACAGAUUCACUCUAACACUAAUAGGACUCAUUUAAGACGUGGCAGGUUACAGUCACCACAGGAGCAUUUGUUUGAACGUAUAUAUUUACGCCAUACAGUCAAUGAUUUACACCUAUCACCUGAUGGUACAUACUGUAGUUAUCCACAUAAUACAAGUUAUAUGUGAAUAUGAAGUGAGUCCGUUUGUAAUUAAGUGAGGAAGGAAGGAGGGAAAGUAAGUGAGUUUGUCAUUUAGUAAGUAAGAAUGCAAAUGCAACGCGCCAUUGAUUCCUAGUCCUAUGUGGUGUCUCCUAGGCAACGUGGUGAAUGGAACGAUAGGGAAGCAGAUGGUAGACACUCUGGUGGAGUCCUCCAGUAACGUAGAGAUGAUCCUCAAGUUCUUCGACAUGUUCCUCAAGAUCAAGGACCUGACCACCUCUGACAACUUCAGGGAGUACGACCCCGAGAACAAGGGGGUGAUCUCCAAGAAAGAUUUCCAGAAGUCCAUGGAGAACCAGAAGCAGUAUACCCAGUCAGAGAUCGAGUUCCUGCUCUCCUGCGCCGAGGCCGACGAGAAUGACAUGUUCAACUACGAGGAGUUUGUGGAGCGGUUCCACGAGCCAGCCAAAGACAUCGGCUUUAACGUAGCCGUGCUGCUCACCAACCUCUCUGAGCACAUGCCUCACGACCCCCGUCUGGCCACCUUCCUGGAACCGGCCGAGAGCGUGCUGAACUACUUUGAGCCAUACCUGGGCCGCAUCGAGAUCAUGGGCGGAGGGAAGCGCAUCGAGAGGGUUUACUUUGAGAUCAGUGAGUCCAGCCGCACGCAGUGGGAGAAGCCACAGGUCAAAGAGUCUAAGAGACAGUUCAUCUUCGACGUGGUCAACGAGGGGGGAGAGAGCGAGAAGAUGGAGAUGUUUGUGAACUUCUGCGAGGACACCAUCUUUGAGAUGCAGCUGGCGUCUCAGAUCUCGGAGCCAGAAGUGGUGGAGCGCCCGGAGGAGGACGAGGAGGAGGUGCACAACUUGCUAGAAGAGCUGGCUGAGCAAGAAGAGGAGAGCAAGCUGGAGGCUUCCUCAGCUUUCACCAUGGUCUGCGUCUCCGCCAAGAAGAAGAUCUCCAACUUCAGACAGAUGCUGACCUUCAAGAGCCUCAAGAAGCAGUACAAGAAGUUCAAGAAGCUGAGCAUGAAGGAGAUGAUCGUUGGGUUCUUCUCCUUCUUCUGGAUUCUCUUCACAGGGUUCUUCAAGGGGAUCUACAGCCUCAUCUUCGGAUUCUUCCACCUCAUCUGGUCAUCCAUGUUCGGCGGCGGGCUCGUCGAAGGUGGGAUCUUUUUAUCUUCUUUUUUAGUUUGAUCUCUUUUGUUUUAUUGUUUUAGGCUACUGUUAAGGGUGUUGCAACGUUUUGUUUAAAUGUACUUUAAAUUCAGUUUGAUUUGAUUUGACUUGAAGGAGCCAAGAACAUGAAGGUGACAGACAUCUUGGGCAACAUGCCCGAUCCCACCCAGUUCGGUAUCCACGGUGACGUGUUGGAGACAGAGAAGGCGGAGGUGGGUGAUUCGGUGUCGGGCGGGACAGACCAGGCCAUCAAACCGUCGGACAAGGCAGAGCAGGACAUCUUGAUGGAGAUGAUUAAUCCGACACCAAAGAAAGGGGAAGGGUUGAAACAUGUAGAUCCUGGACUGGGAGACGUCUCUGAGAAUCUGACCGCUGAGACCACCGCCACUGUGGAGAAAAAGGUGAGCAAUCUGUAGACCUAUCUCUAAAACAGUAGGUAAAGGGAAUACAUGUUGAUUCUCUAUGAACAGUUCUCAGUAAAAUGCUGGGCUUGUUUCACAUGGAUGGUGUCACCAAUAAGUAUCCUCUCUAACCUUCUGUGGUCUGUCUCAUGUAGAAGGCCGCUUUUGAACCAACAGAGUCUGAACCAGAGAAAGCAGAGUGAGUGGUCUACACCAUUUAUUUAUCUCUGUGUAUAUGUUUACUUCAGUUAUGUAACAUGGAGGGCAUGUUCAAAUCUAAAUUCAAUCAACUUUAUUUAAAGGUUUUUUUCUAUUAUUUUUUUUAUUUGUGCUCGGUUUCUCGCAUCUUGACACUUUGUUAUUGCAAAUAAGAGUCUGAUCUUAAUUGCUCAUUAUUUCUUAAAAUUGAAAUAAUGGAAUGAAAUGAAAGAGUGUGUUGUGUUGUGUUGGGGUUUCAGCUCUCUAAGAGGUGUCAGAGGUAUGCGCUGGUGUCAGAUCGAUAACAGAUCGGCGGUCAUCUUGUGUUCUCACAGCACAGAGAAGAAGGAGAAGGAAGACAAGGUCAAGGCAGAGCAGCCUAAAGAGGAAGUGGCUCAGGAUAAGCCCGCCCCCAAGUCCAGAAACGGCCAAUCAAAGGAGGCUCCUACUUCCUUCUUUGCCAGCUUCUUGGCUGGGCUGGAGGUCUACCAGACGAAGAUGCUGGUAAUACAUCAGACAUUGUGCUUGUUCAAGAUCGACUACAGCUUUGCGUAUUGAGUGUGGGAAAUGCGCUCUAGAAUUUGAAUAUUUAUUAUUAUUGUAAUUAUUAUAUUGCAGUUGGAGACUUCAGAAUAACUGAUCUGGGAAUCACUUUGCAUCCUAAAUAACUGCGUAUUAUUUGAAGAUCAGUCAGUUUGUUUAGUCGGUGAUCAGCGACUGAUCAGAAUUGAUGCUCUCAAACACAGAUGUUGUUAUUCUGCCUGUCACAUGCUGUCAAUGGUGACCUUCCAGGUCGUCUUCUUUGCAGUCACGCUCACCUCAGAAGACCGCUAUGUAUCAUGGCUAAAUGUCUGACUUUGUGUUCUAUGUGUCUGCAGAACACGCUGGCUCGCAACUUCUACAACAUGCGUUUCCUGGCUCUGUUUGUGGCGUUUGCGAUCAACUUCAUUCUACUGUUCUACAGGGUAAUUUACAGUGUUACACAUUACAGGGUUUUUCUUACUCUCUUCUACAAGAUGCAAAGGAUUAAUGCUGAGAUGGAGCUAAUAAGAUAUACAUAGAUAAUACAGACCGUGCCUUGGGAAAGUAUUCAGACCCCUUUUUCCAUUUUUCUAAAUGUUACUUUACAGCCUCAUUCUAAAAUUGAUUAAAUGUUUAUUUCCCCCUCAUUAAUCUACACACAAUACCCCAUAAUGACAAAGCAAAAACAGGUUUUUAGACAUUUUUGCAAAAUGUAUAUAAAAAACAGCAACUUUAAUAUCAUUUACAUAAGUAUUCAGACCCUUUACUCAGUACUCUGUUGAAGCACCUUUUGAAGCGAUUACAGCCUCGAGUCUUCUUGGGUAUGACACUACAAGCUUGGCACACCUGUAUUUGGUGAGUUACUCCCAUUAUUCUCUGCAGAUCCUCUCAAGCUCUGCCAGGUUGGAUGGGGAGUGUCGCUGCACAGCUAUUUUCAGGUCUCUCCAGAGAUGUUCGAUCGGGUUCAAGCCGGGCUCUGGCUGGGCCACUCAAGGACAUUCAGAGACUUGUCCCGAAGCCACUCCUGCGUUGUCUUGGCUGUGUGCUUUGGGCCGCUGUCCUGUUGGAAGGUGAACUUUCACCCCAGUCUGAGGUCCUGAGCGCUCUUGAGCCGGGUUUCAUCAAGGAUAUCUCUGUACUUUGCUCCGUUCAUCUUUCCCUCGAUCCUGACUAGUCUCCCACUCCCUGCUGUGGAAAAACAUCCCCACAGCAUGAUGCUGCCACCACCAUGCUUCACCGUUGGGAUGGUGCCAGGUUUCCUCCAGAUGUGAUGCUUAGCAUUCAGGCCAAAGACUUCAAUCUUGGUUUCAUCAGACCAGAUAAUCUUGUUUCUCAUGGUCUGAGAGUCCUUUAGGUGCCUUUUGGCAAACUCCAAGCAGGCUGUCAUGUGCCUUUUACUGAGGAGUGGCUUCCAUCUGGCCACUCUGCCAUAAAGGCCUGAUUGGUGGAGUGCUGCAGAGAUAGUUGUCCUUCUGGAAGGUUCUCCCAUCUCCACAGAGGAACUCUAGAGCUCUGUCAGAGUGGCCAUCGGGUUCUUGGUCACCUCCCUGACCAAGGCCCUUCUCCCCCGAUUGCUCAAUUUGGCCGGGCGGCCAGCUCUAGGAAGAGUCUUGGUGGUUCCAAACUUCUUCCAUUUAAGAAUGAUGGAGGCCACUGUGUUCUUGGGGACCUUCAAUGCUCCAGAAUUGUUUUGGUACCCUUCCCCAGAUCUGUGCCUUAAAACAAUCCUGUCUCAGAGCUCUACGGACAAUUCCUUCGACCUCAUGGUUUGGUUUUUGCUCUGAUAUGCCCUGUCAACAGUGGGACCGUAUAAAGACCGGUAUGUGACUUUCCAAAUCAUGUCCAAUCAAUUGAAUUUACCACAGGUGGACUCCAAUCAAGUUGUAGAAACAUCUCAAGGAUGAUCAAUGGAAAUAGGAUGCACCUGAGCUCAAUUUCGAGUCUCAUAGCAAAGGGUCAUUUUCUAAAAACCUGUUUUUGCUUUGUCAUUAUGGGGUAUUAUGGGGUGAUUUUUUAUUUAUUUAAUCCAUUUUAGAAAUAAGGCUGUAACGUAACAAAAUGUGGAAAAGUCCAGGGGUCUGAAUACUUUCCGAAUGCACUGUACAUUCUUGUCAAUAACCAGACUAUUGUGUGUCAACUUUGAGACAACGUUGUGAGGUGGUUGUGUGUUUGCUGGGAUUUUACCAUAUCUGUCAUAGAAAUAAAAACCCAUUUUCUCUGUGGUUCAUUUUCCCUCAGGUGACUGCUGAUGAGGAUGAUGAGGAUGACUCCUGGACUAGUUCUGAUGAUGAUGAUGAUGAAGGUGGUGAGGAGUACUUUGUCCUGGAGGAGAGUACAGGCUACAUGGCCCCUAUUCUGUGUUUUCUGGCUGUAUUCCACACUGCUCUCUCUAUCCUCUGCUUGGUGGGAUACUACUUCCUCAAGGUGAUUACAAUCAUUUAAUCAAUCAAUCUAUCAAUCAGUAUGACUGGUGAUUAUUACGGUCAACUGAUCCCAUCAAUGCACAACAUCACGAUCUCCUUUCUUUCUUUCUUUCUUUCUUUCUUUCUUUCUUUCUUUCUUUCUUUUCUUUCUUUCUUUCUUUCUUUCUUUCUUUCUUUCUUUCUUUAUUUUCUUUAUUUCUUUCUUUCUUUUUGUCUUUCUUUUUGUCUUUCUUUCUUCUUUCUUUCUUUCUUUGUGUGUCUGUGUCUGUCAUUCCAGUCUAUUCUCUUCUUCCUCCGUGUUCCUCCUCUCACCCGUUCUCUAUGUCAUCCAUAUCCUACCCAGGUGCCUCUGGUGGUGUUUAAGAGAGAGAAGGGGAUCGCCAGGCUGUUGGAGUUUGAAGGUCUCUAUAUCACAGAGCAGCCUGCAGACGAUGACAUCACAGGACAGUGGGACCGCCUCGUCAUCAACACCCCGUGAGUCAUACCACAGAGGAACACCUGACUUGGACUGAAAUAGGUGCCGGUACUCAUUUUGGGUGCCGGUACUGUUUAUAUUCAGUUGCAGGAACUCCACAAUACUUUUGAGCUAAUCUAUAAGAGGUGUAGUAGAACAUUUGAGGUGUCGGUAUACAGUUCCGGUAAGCUCCUGCCCAUGUACACUCAUAUUCAAAAGUCAGUUGAAAACGUCACCAGCUUCAGAUGAAUGUUCCUAAUAGAGUUAUAGGUAUUGAACUACUUUUGAAGUCUGAUCUAUGUCUACUGUCCCUCGUAUGUGUCUGCAGAUCCUUCCCCAAUAACUACUGGGACAAGUUCAUCAAACGGAAGGUACGUGGGAUUUCAGAGCUAAUGUAAAACAUUUUUUUACAAAAAUUAUAGUCUUAUUCACAUAAUUCCACACUAAUACUAUACACAUAUAACUACAUACUGUGGUAUAACAAUCUAUAAACCCAAAUUAAAUGUACAGUUGAAGUCGGAAGUUUCAACCACUCUGGCAAACUAUAGUUUUCGUAUUUGUCUGUUCUGUCUAUAGGUCAUUAAUAAGUAUGGAGACCUGUAUUUGUCUGUUCUGUCUAUAGGUCAUUAAUAAGUAUGGAGACCUGUAUUUGUCUGUUCUGUCUAUAGGUCAUUAAUAAAUAUGGAGACCUGUAUGGAGCUGAGCGGAUAGCUGAGCUGCUGGGUCUGGACAAGAGUGCUCUGGACUUCGACCCUACUCAGGAGACCGUGGUGGAGGCGGCUUCUCUUGUAUCCUGGUGAGACAUCCACUCUUCUCAUAUAAUCCUUUUUAUUUUUUUAUUUUUUAGGGGGUAGAUCAGCUUUAAUAUUGCAGAUAGAUUGUUACUUCCACCAAUGUAAUUGUCUGCAUCACUUCCAAUCCCCCAUAUGUUUUUUUUUUCUCUUGCAAAAAUAUACAGUAUCUCACAAAAGUUAAUAUUUUGUAAAUAUUUGUGUAUAUAUUUUCAUAUGACAACACUGAAGAAAUGACACUUUGCUACAAUGUAAAGUAGUGAGUGUACAGCUUGUAUGACAGUGUAUAUUUGCUGUCCCCUCAAAAUAACUCAACACAGCCAUUAAUGUCUAAACCGCUGGCAACAAAAGUGAGUACACCCCUAAGUGCAAAUGUCCAAAUUGGGCCCAAUUAGCCAUUUUCCCUCCCCGUUGUCAUGUGACUCGUUAGUGUUACAAGGUCUCAGGUGUGAAUGGGGAGAAGGUGUGUUAAAUUUGGUGUCAUCGCUCUCACACUCCCUCAUACUGGUCACUGGAAGUUCAACAUGGCACCUCAUGGCAAAGAACUCUCUGAGGAUCUGAAAAAAAGAAUUGUUGCUCUACAUAAAGAUGGCCUGUGCUAUAAGAAGAUUGCCAAGACCCUGAAACUGAGCUGCAGCACGGUGGUCAAGACCAUACAGCGGUUUAACAGGACAGGUUCCACUCAGGACAGGCCUCGCCAUUGUCGACCAAAGAAGUUGAGUGCACGUGCUCAGCGUCAUAUCCAGAGGUUGUCUUUGGGAAAUAGACGUAUGAGUGCUGCCAGCAUUGCUGGAGAGGUUGAAGGGGUGGGGGGUCAGCCUGUCAGUGCUCAGACCAUACGCCCCACACUGCAUCAAAUUGGUCUACAUGGCUGUCGUCCCAGAAGGAAGCCUCUUCUAAAGAUGAUGCACAAGAAAGCCCGCAAACAGUUUGCUGAAGACAAGCAGACUAAGGACAUGGAUUACUGGAACCAUGUCCUGUGGUCUGAUGAGACCAAGAUAAACUUAUUUGGUUCAGAUGGUGUCAAGCGUGUGUGGCGGCAACCAGGUGAGGAGUACAAAGACAAGUGUGUCUUGCCUACAGUCAAGCAUGGUGGUGGGAGUGUCAUGGUCUGGGGCUGCAUGAGUGCUGCCGGCACUGGGGAGCUACAGUUCAUUGAGGGAACCAUAAAUGCCAACAUGUACUGUGACAUAUUGAAGCAGAGCAUGAUCCCCUCCCUUCAGAGACUGGGCCGCAGGGCAGUAUUCCAACAUGAUAACGACCCCAAACACACCUCCAAGACGACCACUGCCUUGCUAAAGAAGUUGAGGGUAAAGGUGAUGGACUGGCCAAGCAUGUCUCCAGACCUAAACCCUAUUGAGCAUCUGUGGGGCAUCCUCAAACGGAAGGUGGAGGAGUGCAAGUUCUCUAACAUCCACCAGCUCCGUGAUGUCGUCAUGGAGGAGUGGAAGAGGACUCCAGUGGCAACCUGUGAAGCUCUGGUGAACUCCAUGCCCAAGAGGGUUAAGGCAGUGCUGGAAAAUGAUGGUGGCCACACAAAAUAUUGACACUUUGGGCCCAAUUUGGACAUUUUCACAUAGGGGUGUACUCACUUUUGUUGACAGCGGUUUAGACAUUAAUGGCUGUGUGUUGUGUUAUUUUGAGGGGACAGCAAAUUUACACUACUUUACAUUGUAGCAAAGUGUCAUUUCUUCAGUGUUGUCACAUGAAAAGAUAUACUCAAAUAUUUACAGAAAUGUGAGUGGUGUACUCACUUUUGUGAGAUACUGUGUAAAUAUACACUCACACACACAGUGGGGAAAAAAAGUAUUUAGUCAGCCACCAAUUGUGCAAGUUCUCCCACUUAAAAAUAUGAGAGAGGCCUGUAAUUUUCAUCAUAGGUACACGUCAACUAUGACAGACAAAAUGAGAAAAAAAAUCCAGAAAAUCACAUUGUAGGAUUUUUAAUGAAUUGAUUUGUAAAUUAUGGUGGAAAAUAAGUAUUUGGUCAAUAACAAAAGUUUCUCAAUACUUUGUUAUAUACCCUUUGUUGGCAAUGACACAGGUCAAACGUUUUCUGUAAGUCUUCACAAGGUUUUCACACACUGUUGCUGGUAUUUUGGCCCAUUCCUCCAUGCAGAUCUCCUCUAGAGCAGUGAUGUUUUGGGGCUGUCGCUGGGCAACACGGACUUUCAACUCCCUCCAAAGAUUUUCUAUGGGGUUGAGAUCUGGAGACUGGCUAGGCCACUCCAGGACCUUGAAAUGCUUCUUACGAAGCCACUCCUUCGUUGCCCGGGCGGUGUGUUUGGGAUCAUUGUCAUGCUGAAAGACCCAGCCACGUUUCAUCUUCAAUGCCCUUGCUGAUGAAAGGAGGUUUUCACUCAAAAUCUCACGAUACAUGGCCCCAUUCAUUCUUUCCUUUACACGGAUCAGUCGUCCUGGUCCCUUUUCAGAAAAACAGCCCCAAAGCAUGAUGUUUCCACCCCCAUGCUUCACAGUAGGUAUGGUGUUCUUUGGAUGCAACUCAGCAUUCUUUGUCCUCCAAACACGACGAGUUGAGUUUUUACCAAAAAGUUAUAUUUUGGUUUCAUCUGACCAUAUGACAUUCUCCCAAUCCUCUUCUGGAUCAUCCAAAUGCACUCUAGCAAACUUCAGACAGGCCUGGACAUGUACUGGCUUAAGCAGGGGGACACGUCUGGCACUGCAGCAUUUGAGUCCCUGGCGGCGUAGUGUGUUACUGAUGGUAGGCUUUGUUACUUUGGUCCCAGCUCUCUGCAGGUCAUUCACUAGGUCCCCCCGUGUGGUUCUGGGAUUUUUGCUCACCGUUCUUGUGAUCAUUUUGACCCCGCGGGGUGAGAUCUUGCGUGGAGCCCCAGAUCGAGGGAGAUUAUCAGUGGUCUUGUAUGUCUUCCAUUUCCUAAUAAUUGCUCCCACAGUUGAUUUCUUCAAACCAAGCUGCUUACCUAUUGCAGAUUCAGUCUUCCCAGCCUGGUGCAGGUCUACAAUUUUGUUUCUGGUGUCCUUUGACAGCUCUUUGGUCUUGGCCAUAGUGGAGUUUGGAGUGUGACUGUUUGAGGUUGUGGACAGGUGUCUUUUAUACUAAUAACAAGUUCAAACAGGUGCCAUUAAUACAGGUAACGAGUGGAGGACAGAGGAGCCUCUUAAAGAAGAAGUUACAGGUCUGUGAGAGCCAGAAAUCUUGCUUGUUUGUAGGUGACCAAAUACUUAUUUUCCACCAUAAUUUGCAAAUAAAUUCAUAAAAAAUCCUACAAUGUGAUUUUCUGGAUUUUCUUUUCUCAAUUUGUCUGUCAUAGUUGAUGUGUACCUAUGAUGAAAAUUACAGGCCUCUCUCAUCUUUUUAAGUGGGAGAACUUGCACAAUUGGUGGCUGACUAAAUACUUUUUUCCCCCACUGUAUAUAUAUACAGCUGCAGAAAAAAUUAAGAAACCACUGCAAAAUUAUCAGUUUCUCUGGUUUUACUAUUUAUAGGUAUGUGUUUGGGUAUAUUGUCAUUUAGAGCAUUUAUUUGCAGAAAAUGACAACUGGUCAAAAUAACAAAAUAAUAAUAAAUAAAUAAAUAAAGCAAAGAAAAUAAGUUCAUGUUCAUUUUUAAACAACACAAUACUAAUGUUUUAACUUAGGAAGAGUUCAAAAAAUUCAAGCAGUUCGGCUUUGUUUGAUGGCUUGUGACCAUCCAUCUUACUCUUGAUCACAUUCCAGAAGUUUUCAAUGGGGUUCAGGUCUGGAGAUUGGGCUGGCCAUGACAGGGUCUUGAUCUGGUGGACCUCCAUCCACACCUUGAUUGACCUGGCUGUGUGGCAUGGCGCAUUGUCCUGCUGGAAAAACCAAUCCUCAAAGUUGGGGAACAAUGUCGGAGCAAAGGGAAGCAAGUUUUCUUCCAGGACAACCUUGUACGUGGCUUGAUUCAUGCGUCCUUCACAAAGACAAAUCUGCCCAAUUCCAGCCUUGCUGAAGCACCCCCAGAUCAUCACCAAUCCUCCACCAAAUUUCACAGUGGGUGCGAGACACUGUGGUUUGUAGGCCUCUCCAGGUCCAGGUGUUGGGCAAAGCUGAAAAUUGGACUCAUCAGAGAAGAUGACCUUACUCCAGUCCUCUACGGUCCAAUCCUUAUGGUCUUUUGCAAACUUCAGCCUGGCUCUUCUUUGCUUCUCAUUGAUGAAGGGCUUUUUUCUAGCUUAGCACGACUUCAGCCCUGUCCCUAUGAGCCUGUUUCGAACCGUCGUCACCGUGCACUUCACCCCAGCUGCCGUUUGCCAUUCUUUUUGUAGGUCACUUGAUGUCAUCCUACGGUUGUUGAGUGACAUUCAAAUGAGUUGGCGGUCAUCCCGGUCAGUAGAGAGUCGUUUUCGCCCUCUGCCGGUCUGUAGCUUUGUUGUCCCCAAUGUCUGCUGCUUGACCUUGUUCUUAUGAACCGCCCUCUUUGAAAUUUUAAGGAUGGAAGCGACCUGACGCUCACUGUAUCCCUCUGCCAGUAAAGACAGAAUUGAACCCUCCUUUUCCUCACUCAAAACUUUCCUUUUCAACUCUUUUGGCAUGGUCAAUAGUUAUUUUUUGAUUAAUAUUACUUUUGAGGUACUAUUAGCACUGUUUUUGCCAUCCAGCUAGUCCUAUUGCAAGAGGAUAGUGAUGACCACAGCAGUGGUUUUUAUACUUUUCCUCGUUAAAUAAGAUUUGGUUCAUGUGAUCACCUAAUCAGUACCUAAUUCAGUAGAAUGAGGUGUGCCUGUGUUGGAAUUCAACAGACACUGGAAUGGAAUGGCUGUCAUACAUGUAGAGAUGCUGAUUUAAGAAACAUUUGCAGUGGUCUCUUAAUUUUUUCCACAGCUGUGUGUGUGUGUGUGUGUAUAUAUAAUAUAUAUAUAUAUAUAUAUAUAUAUAUAUAUAUACAGACAUACUAUAUUCUCAUAUAAUCUUAACAAAACUCAUAAUAAUGUGAAUGCUGGCUGAUGCACUGGUAAUGAACAUAGUGAUGAACAUAGAAUCUCAGUUUAGUUAACCGCUGGUGAGAAAGUAAUCCUCUCAUAUCAACACAGUAAAAUGACAUGAUCCUGUAUUGUGAAUGUGUGGUUAAAUUUAAUUCAACGCUAAGAAACAACUGUCUGUUUCCUAAUGGCAGGUUGAGCUCUAUCGACACCAAGUACCACAUCUGGAAAAUGGGAGUGGUGCUGACUGACAACGUAAGUGUUUACUCCCUCAAUAAAGCCAAAACUGUCAACCCAGCCCCUCCCCCUUCAGUGUUUGUGGCUGGCAAUAAGGCUCUGGAUAGGUAGUAAGCAGUAUGGUCUAACCACCCUGAGGCCAUUAGAAGGCUAGCUGGAGCCAUCACCAUAUUGCUUACAACUAUCCAGUCCCUUACAAUCGGCAAGCACAAAAGGGAAAAGUUGAUUUUAGACUGAAAAAGCAACGGACUGAGCUUGACUUUUCCUUGUUCUUGUCAUUUGCAGUCGUUCCUGUACCUGAUCUGGUACGCCACCAUGUCCAUCCUGGGUCACUACAACAACUUCUUCUUCGCCGCCCAUCUUCUGGACAUCGCCAUGGGCUUCAAGACCCUGAGGACCAUCCUGUCCUCCGUCACUCACAACGGAAAACAGGCAUGUGGCAAUAAUAACCACCAGACACCGUCAGAAGGCCACACAGACGUUUUAAUCACUAGACUGUAGAUCAGGGGGACAUCUCAAUGCAGGUUAGCGGUUUUUUUUUGGUCAUGAAUCUUGUUCUGGAGGCAGCUCUGCAAUGUGGUCACUAGCUGUAAGAGCGAGUAAGGAGGGAAAAAUUCAAGUGCUAGUUUUAGUUCUCAAAAGGCUUUUAUUUUAUUUUUGGGUGGGGCGGUGGGAUUAUUUAAAAUACUCUUUGAAGAGGUAGGGUUUCAGAUAUUUUCGUAAGAUGGGCAGGGACUUUGCUGUUCUAACUUCAGGGGGAAGCUGGUUCCACCAUUGGGGUGUCAGGACAGAGAAGAGCUUGGACUGGGCUGAGCAGGAGCUGCCCUCCCGUAGGGAUGGGAGGACCAAGAGACCAGAGGUGGCAGAACGGAGUGCUCGGUUUGGGGUGUAGGGUUUGAGCUUAGCCUGAAGGUAGUUCCUCUUGCUGCUCCGUAGGCAGGUACCAUGCUCUGUAGUGGAUGGGAGCUUCGACUGGAAGCCAGUGUGGAGGAGCGCGGUUGUUAGCCUCUCUCAAGUCAAGUGAAGUCAUGUUUUUUUAAAGUGCAUGUGACACAGGUCUCAACACAAUUUACAUUUCUAUAUGCUGAGAAUAUUAAUUUCCUCUCUCCAGUUGGUGCUGACUGUCUGUUGGCAGUGUAUCUGUACACCGUGGUGGCCUUCAACAUCUUCACUAACAAUGACCCCCUCUCUGUCUCUCUCCAUCUCUCUCUCCCCCUCUCUAUCUGUCUCUUUCUAUGUUUGUCUCUCUCCCCCUCUCUAUCUGUCUCUCUCUCUGUCUCUGUACAGUUGGUGCUGACUGUAGGUCUGUUGGCGGUGGUGGUGUAUCUCUACACCGUGGUGGCCUUCAACUUCUUCAGGAAGUUCUACAACAAGAGUGAGGACGAGGACGCACCUGACAUGAAGUGUGACGACAUGAUGACUGUAAGUCUAUUCACACACACACACACACACCUCUACUCACUGCUGUAGUAUUGAUACUGUGUCAUAGCAUGUAUCAGUUAGUCAUGCACAUCCUUCAAACAUUACGUUCUUAAGAUAACCCAGUAAUAGAUGGCUUGGUUAGAGUUCAUUCCACAACUCACAGAACAUGUUGUAGGAAGGGAUCCAGAAAUGGUGUCAACCCUGCUGCAUAUCCUUCACACUAGUGUACAGUAUAUCACUCAGAUUGUUGAAUAAGGAGGAGUUUAAAAGCCCCGUCUUCAUCCUUUACUACAUAAAGCACAACGUUUACACUUGUAUCAGUCUUUUUUUGAAAGAUUGAGUUUUAAAGCCCCCUCCUCCCCUCCCUCGCUUCUCCUCCUCAGUGCCAUCUGUUCCACCUGUAUCUCCUCCUCAGUGCUAUCUGUUCCACCUGUAUAUCCUCCUCAGUGCUAUCUGUUCCACCUGUAUCUCCUCCUCAGUGCUAUCUGUUCCACCUGUAUAUCCUCCUCAGUGCUAUCUGUUCCACCUGUAUCUCCUCCUCAGUGCUAUCUGUUCCACCUGUAUCUCCUCCUCAGUGCUAUCUGUUCCACCUGUAUCUCCUCCUCAGUGCUAUCUGUUCCACCUGUAUCUCCUCCUCAGUGCUAUCUGUUCCACCUGCAUCUCCUCCUCAGUGCUAUCUGUUCCACCUGUAUCUCCUCCUCUGUGCUAUCUGUUCCACCUGUAUCUCCUCCUCAGUGCUAUCUGUUCCACCUGUAUCUCCUCCUCAGUGCUAUCUGUUCCACCUGUAUCUCCUCCUCAGUGCUAUCUGUUCCACCUGUAUCUCCUCCUCAGUGCUAUCUGUUCCACCUGUAUCUCCUCCUCAGUGCUAUCUGUUCCACCUGUAUCUCCUCCUCAGUGCUAUCUGUUCCACCUGUAUCUCCUCCUCAGUGCUAUCUGUUCCACCUGUAUCUCCUCCUCAGUGCUAUCUGUUCCACCUGUAUCUCCUCCUCAGUGCUAUCUGUUCCACCUGUAUCUCCUCCUCAGUGCUAUCUGUUCCACCUGUAUCUCCUCCUCAGUGCUAUCUGUUCCACCUGUACGCGGGGGUGAGGGCCGGCGGUGGUAUCGGUGAUGAGCUGGAGGACCCGGCGGGAGACCCCUACGAGCUGUGGCGUAUCCUCUUUGACAUCACCUUCUUCUUCUUCGUCAUUGUCAUCCUCCUGGCCAUCAUUCAGGGUACGCUACGACCAGGGUUGGGGUCAAUUCAGGAAGUACACUGAAAUUCUCUUCAAUGCUUUUCAACAGAUAACAUUUUGAAUUAGAAUUAGAAUGUGUUUUACUUUCUGAAUCGACUGGAAUUUAAAUGGAAUUGACCCCUGAACUUUCUUGAUACUGUAUCACAUUAGUUUUCUUGAAUUUCCUGAUGUAUACACAAUUCAACUUUUGGCUGCCAUGUACACUAGAAUAAACUCAAAUUAAACUAUUACUAGGUUCUUUGGGGGAUCUAGGAUCAGGUCCCCCCCCCCCCCAAUCCCCCGUCCAUGUAAUCUUACCCGUUGUGAUCUAAAAAGGUGUGAUCCUAAAUCAGCACUCCUACUCUGAGGCCCCUGGUUUUCAGAACAGCUGAGAGGACUUUCCCAUGUAAUCCUUGUGAAGUUAAAAUGCUGUCUUGUUCAAUACUACAGGUUUGAUUAUUGAUGCGUUUGGGGAACUGAGAGACCAGCAGGAGCAGGUGAAGGAGGAUAUGGAGGUAAGAGUUCACCUGGUCUCACCUAGAACCAACUGUAUCAAUGUUAGGAAUAAGCAUAUUCUUCACAACAGAACAUUGCAUCUUCUUGAAUAAACGCAAUCUGUUAGGGGAGGGGAAUGUAUCUGAUUGGGUAAACACAUUCCAUCCUCUUGCUGUAGACUAAAUGCUUCAUCUGUGGUAUUGGAAACGACUACUUUGACACGACACCCCACGGCUUUGAGACUCACACCUUACAAGAGCACAACCUGGCCAACUACCUGUGAGUACAUAGUGACAUGAUGACGUUGUUUAAAGCACAUACGACCAGAGCUGUGCCAUAAAAGGGUCUCGUUUUUGAAUUUAAUUAGAUGUGCUUAACCAAGGAUGCUCUGGAUGAAAGCCUGAGCUAAUAUUUGAUCAAACUGGCCACCUUUUGACACCGCUUUUCUCCUUGCGCAGCUUCUUCCUGAUGUACCUCAUCAACAAGGACGAGACUGAACACACUGGUCAGGUACGUACAAAAACAAAUUUCUUUAUCAUAUGAACACAGGUCUCAAUCUCUGUAAUUAAAACAACUUUUCAGUCCUGAAACAUUAGCACUAGAACUAUGGAGUGAUUUGAGUGCCAACAGAAAUUGUAUUUCAAUUCCAUAAUUUUGAAUUUGUAUUAGGAUAUUGAAUUUGAAUGGAAUAUGUUUGAAUUUGUAAUGCACAAAUUGAAUCAUUGAAUUCAUAAAUUGAUGUUGUAUUUCAUGAUUUGAAACUGAAUUGAAUGAAUAUUGCAUUCAUUUUUAAAAUUCAAUUUCAAUUUUAAUUGAAUAUUCAAAUUCAAUAUUUAUAUAUUCCUUUUCAAUACGGUAGAUGUUGCAUUCAUUUUCUGUGUAUCAAGUUUACAAACUAUCAUUUCAAGUUUAUGAAAGUUUCAUAUACUGUAUUCAACUUCUCAGAUGCAUUCAGAUUCAGUUUUCAAAUUCAGUUCUCUAAAUUCGGAUUUCAAAACCAGAGACAACAUCCUGGUACUUUGCCAGCCAGGAAAGGUAGAGGAGCACAGACAGAAUCAAACGCUCUCUGUGGUAAACAGAAGCUUCUGGUGGAUUCUGAAGCCAAUGUGGAAUGGUUAAUUAAUUUUUUCCCUAUGAAUUUGGCUCUAGUGUUUGAACCGUUUUGGCUAUAAGCCAUUAUGACCCCAUUCCUGAAAGCUAAGACUCUCUGGAACAUGAGUAACUGGUCUGAGACCUGACAAAUUGCAUUGUCUGGCGCACAGGAGACCUGGGUUAGAACCCCAUCUGUCAAACUAACACGUCUUCAGGUCUCAGCCAAGGUUGCUCAUCACGUGCAUGGAUCACCAAACCACCUCUGUUGCACUCUCAUUAAAUGGUGCACAGAUCCUUCUGCUUCUGUUUGCCACUGAAAGUGUUGUUGUGCAGGAGGCCUGAUUUGGAACCCAGUUAGUUAUAUUAGUGCCGUGCUCUCUGAGUAUGAGGUCAAAUCGGGGUGAAAUGUAACAGGUGGAUAGAUAAACCAUGCUCUUUUGAUGAAUAACUUUGCUAGAGACUUGAAGACUUGUGUUAGCUUCCAGAACUAAUCCCUAUGGGCUUUCGCUAAGUGGGCUUACACAGUCUUGUGACAUGCAGGAGACCUGGUACGAACCCAGUCAGUCACAAAAGAAAGAUGAAAUAGGGAAUGGAAAGGCUAUCCUUAGAAGGGCUAUGACAGGGCUAUUCAACUGUAUUCUUAUGGGGGCCAAAUUAUGUUUUUUGUGACACUCCUUUCUUACAUGUUCUUUGCGGCCUGUGAUCAUCAUAGAUGGGAACAGAACCCACUGGGCACAGACGUCAAUUCAAUGUCUAUUCCACAUUGGUUCAAUGAAAUUUCAUUCAAAUGACGUGGAAAAAAACGUUGAUUCAACCAGUGUGUGCCCAGUGGGAAGGCAUGUCCAUGUUCGAGAGAGUCUAAGCUUUCAGGAAUGGGAUAUAGCUAUAAUAGCUUAUAUUGGUUCAAAUGCUAGAGACAAAUUCAUAGGAAGACAGUAAAUGAAACAUGCCACAUUGGCUUCGGACACCGCCAGAAGCUUCUGUUUACCACAAAGCGUUUGAUUAUAUCGGUUCUCCUCUACAUUUCCUGGCUGGCAAAGUACCAGGAUGUUGUCUCUGGUUUUGAAUCAGAAUUUAUCAAACUGAAUUUGAAAACUGUUGAAUAUAUUAAAAACUUUGAUCAACUUUAAAUAAUAUAGUUUGUAAACUUGAUACACAAUGAAUGCAAUAUCUACCAUAUUGAAACUGAAUAUAUAAAUAUUGAAUUUUAAUAUUUAAAAAAAUGAAUGCAAUCGCUCCAUAAACCGCCAACGAUGUCACGCCUUUUGAAUGUCAUGUGAAUUUCAAAUUGAAAUAUUGCUGCCAUUUUUAAACUCAUGUCCCCCUUUGUCCUUGACUUUUCCUAAAUGCUGUUGUCUAUUUAACACACUACACAAUUUGACUUCAUGUAAAAUUACCUUUUCUAGUUGAAACACCUUUUCACUCCUGAAACAUUUUAACUCUUGUGUAUUUCCCUCUUCCUCGACAGGAGUCGUAUGUGUGGAAAAUGUACCAGGAGAGAUGCUGGGACUUCUUCCCUGCUGGGGACUGUUUCAGGAAGCAGUAUGAGGACCUGCUUGGG